AAAGACGUGAGACCUAGCAACCUCUAACAACUAGAACACCAUUGUCAAAACUGCAAUUAAAAGAUGGGCAGCAUCACAUUAUGCCUGCUGGCAUUAUGCAUCCUGUUUAUACAGACGAAUGGUCUCCUACGAUCUAGAGAUCUUCCAAAUGAGAUGGCAAAAUGCUUAAACAAGUUUUACAAAUCGUGUACUAUCGAAGAUGAGGUGGGACUUUCUAUUCUGCAUAACUGCAUUCAGGAAUAUAAGUGGAAGCCUAAUCCAGAGCGACAAUAUCCGGUGAAGCGACUCAGUCCAGGCGCUAUAGCCUACGGCGAGAGGCUGGCCAGAAGGGUACAGAGUCUGGGCUCUCGCCGGGGUAAAAGACAGGCGGUGCGCAGGAGAAAGGAAUACCGGAUGUUGACUGAUGAUGAGAGAAACAGGUACCACAACGCUGUCAGGAGACUCAAAGAAAGUCGGAAUGGAGAAUCUCAGUACGACAUGAUUGCAUCUAUACACACAGGCGAUAUAGAACAGACGGCUCAUUUUGGGUGUCAUUUUGCAGGGUUUCACAGGGAAUAUCUGAAAAUGUACGAGGAGGCCCUUCGAGAGAUUGACCCCAGCGUGACCCUCCCUUACUGGGACUCCACAAUAGAACAGUACAUGGAUAGCAGUGCGGAGUCGCUUCUAUUCACAGCAGAAUUCAUGGGUAAUGGCAAUGGAGAGGUAACGUCUGGACCUGCUGCUAAUUGGCAAACAGAAACUGGUCCUUUAAGAAGAAACAUUGGUGUUGAGGGGGAACUUUACCUAUUCGAAGAAAUUCAGAAUAUUACUAACCAAACACGGUUUACAGAUAUAUGCGGGUUAACAAGAGAUGUAGAGAGCAAUGGUUUGGAAUUCCAUCACGGUGACAUUCAUCUGUGGGUUGGUGGCAACAUGGCGGAACUAAACACUGCAGCAGACGAUCCUCUUUUUUGGAUGCAUCACGCCAAUGUGGACAGAAUUUGGGAACUUCAGCGGAGUUUUGCUCGCCGAGCUGGUGUUGAUGUUGAUAACGACUACCCUACAGAUCCAAACGACUUCGGAAACGAGUUCCAUGCACCAGAUGCAGAGUUCGGCUUAUUUAGAACAGACCUGCGUGUUAGAGACGGUGUAAGUGGUCAACUUAUAAAUGGAAUUUAUCAAUACGAGCAACCUCCAACCUGCAGUGCCAACAGAAUGGACUGUGGCUCUAAUCAAUUACGUUGUGCUCAGCUAAAUGGGCGAUAUCUCUGCAUUUCUAAAACUCUUGAAGAAUAUCGAAGAGAUUUGGAAGAAGAGAGAACCAGACCAGGUGGUAAUAAUAGAGGAUUUCCUAGACAACCCACAAAUCCAUGGUUCAAUAGACGGUGGUUUGGUGGAAAUACCAGAAACCCCUCACGCCCAAUGCCACGCGUUAACCCCGGUGAACCAGAGGCCAUCACCUACCCACUGAUUGACCAGUGCUCAGCAUUUGAAUACAAACCUAUCCAAAACAGUUUUUGUGCUAACGGUCGUAAGGACGUUAAGGAAUGGGUUUAUCUCCCAGUCAGAGUUAUUUCUCAGAGGGAUCCAUCAUUCACCAAAUAUGAUUCUUAUCCCGUAAGAAGCGGUAAUAUCCGAUCAGGAAGUGAUAUUUACUCUUUGAAUUCUUACACCAAACUGAAGUCCGCUUUGAACCCAGGCAGUCCACAGUGCUAUCAGAAAUGUCGAUCCUCGCAAACUGGAGCAGGAGAAGUAUUUGUCAGAACCGACGGAAUUUCUUAUACCGGAACAUACCAAGAAUACGCCAUUGUAGAUCAGAGACUUCCGGUCUCUGUUUCAGUUGCUUACGUCGCCGUGAAGAGCCCAGUCCGAGGGAAGACCAGUGCUGUUAUUUCAGCGUAUGAUUCCUGUGGAAGGGUUUGUCGUCCAUCUUGUUUAAAUCUUAGAAGCAAGAAAUAUGAACCAUGUUCCGGUGCGAUAGACGUUACCACGAAAGCGCCACAUUUGUAUGCUUAUUCACUGGGAGAUUCCAUAAUGAAGCUGUACGGCCUUAACGGUGCCCCUCAGUUCAACGACAACGAAAUUUUCCUGUCAUUCUUCUGUGACUACAGCAAUAAGUGGUAGACGGUCAUCGGGCAAGCCAAAAUUCAGCCGUCUCCCCGCUGGACCCGACCCACGUAUCCUGGAAUUCAGGGACCAUCACCCAAAAUCAGUAAUCAAGUAGCUCCUCAGAAAAAGUUCAACGGAAACAAACCACUUUCUGGCGUCAUAAAUCACUGUGAUCUUGGUAACGGAUGCAUCAUUCAAAGACCCGGCUCUUGUAAUAGCCCAUGCGCUGAAAACCAGAUCUACGAAUGCACCAACGCCUGUAACAGAUUUGCGAGAUGCUCUAUGGGAAAAUAUUUCGUCAACCGAUGUUACGGCGGCCAUUUUGAUUCUGCAAGCAAAAAGUGCAGACCAGGAAUCGGAAGAUGUUCCAUGCACGAAUAUAGACUUUAAACUGUAUUCCGUGGAUAAUAACUCUACAUGUGCCAAUUAUAAACUGUCUGUGAUAGUAUGAAAUGUAGAUGAGUGAAUGUUAGCAAGAGAGAGUGGGGACAGAGAAGGAAGGAGAAUUUCAUAGAAUGUCAAUCUGAGAUGUGUAGAGAUUCUCAUACGAUACACUGUGUGUACGAAAAAAGGGAUGUUCGUAUUUGAUUUGAAUUAAAGUCUCAAUAAAGCUUCGAAAAUAAGGGGAAAUGCAUGGGAAAAUUAAAUAAAACCAAAGAAGCAAUCCUAUCCAUUACUAAAAACCCUCAGGAUUUUAAAAAAAGUUUGUUAUAAAUGGUUUACUUUUUUAUCGCGUGUAUGUGUGGAAAAAUGAAAAGGGGCAUGCGAUAACUUGUGUUAUCGUACAUCUGCCGUUUUCGUUCAAUUUGUUUACAACAUAGAAAUCCAUUAAAAACCUAAACAAUUGA